AUGGGAGAAGAGCCUACGGCAGCAGCAGGUGAAUAUGCUGCUGCUGGGCCUACUGCUUUGCCAUGCAAAACUGCAGCAGGAACGCUGGUCGGUCCUGCCAGGGCAGCAGGCGAAGGUGGAGAGGUGCAGCAGCGGUUUGAGGAGUCCGUACAGCUGAAUGUGUCUGCCGGACCUCCCGAAUCGGCAACAACCGGCACAGCGCGCUCCCAUAAAGUUUACAAGCUCAGGCAUAGAACGGUAUCCACAUUCCGCGAGGAAUCCUCUCCACCACUUUGCGAACUUGACGGAGUUGUUUUGCACCAUUUGAACUGCAAAAUGAUCUUCCUCAAGAGCUGCGCAUCGUUUAUUGACCCCGAAAUCUUUAAGGAUGUUGCUUCGCGAAAUGAAUGCCUGGGUAUUGUUGACUUCGACUACAAAGCCCGGCCGAUCGAAGAGCUGACCGAGCCGUACGAGUUCGCUAGAACUUUCGCCAAUCGCCGGAUGCCUCGAACAAAGGAAGAACACGAUUACACCGUUCCUGAGAAAACAUUGACAGAGUGGCCCAACGACCCUUACCUUCGGUUUGGCGCGCAGUGGGAACUCCUGGACGAAGCCGGGGUGCAGGCAAAAGCAGCAUGGAAGACAUCCAGAGGGGGUGGGGGCACCGUGGCGGAACAGCCACUGAAUACCGUGGCCAUAAUUGACUUCGGCUUCAAUAUGGCACACGAAGACAUGCUUGACAGCUGGUGGCGAAAUGCUGUUUUGGAGACACCGGAGUUAUCAGAAUGGCCUGACAACUGCUCCGACGGAAUCGACAAUGAUGGCAACGGCUAUGUGGAUGACUGUAUGGGCUACAGCUUUGCCGACCGAAGCGCGGAUAUGGCCUCUUUCCAAGGAGUUCAUGGAACAGCAGUGGCCAGUAUUUGCUGCGCCACCACUAACAACGGACAGGGCAUUGCUUCUCUGGGGUGGAACCUGAGACCCAUGGCACUGAAAGUAGACGGCUCCUAUUCGCAAAUUGCCGAAGCGCUCAAUUACGCAGCAGACAAAAUGGUGCAGGUGGUUAAUAUGAGUUUUGGAGGCCCUCCCUCUUCAGCCCUUCGCAUGGCCUUGGAGAUGGCUGCUUUGCGCGACAUAAGUUUGAUUGUCGCCGCGGGUAACCACGGGUGCGACCUGUCCACUGUUAGUUCCAAGGGCUGCUUUUCCCAGAAAGGAUUUGUCAAGGGUUAUCCCGCUGCAUAUGGAGAUCUGCUGCCCAACAUGGUAGCAGUGGCAGCUGUCUCAGCCGACGGGAAGCCAUCGAAAUUUAGCAACUUCGAUUCGUCCAAAAAAUCCAAAAUACACGUCCUAGCACCAGGACAAGCCAUCACCACAUGCAGCGACUUGGAUCCUAAAGGUUACUUGAAAGCGAGUGGAACCUCAUUUGCAACACCAAUAGUGUCAGCCCUUGCGGCUUUGCUUCGCUUCGAACUUCCUGAUUUGACCGCAGAGGAUGUCAAGGAGGUUCUUAUCCGCUCCUGUUAUAGAGUACCGAACACUCAACUGGAUAGAAUAGCUAAAUGUGGUGGAAUUAUCAGUGCCACUAAGGCUUUCAUAACAGCUGGAGUGGUAAAUGAGCCUCGUAAUGCCUGCAAAAAAUACGAAGUUCAAUCAAGACCACGCCUACCACAAUGUUGUGGUCGAUUUCACGCAGGAAAUGCUAUGUGUCCACUUUCAGUUGUUUUAAAUAGCAGAAAUGUAUGUAGCGCUUUUAUAAUACAAAACUGUAGAUUUGAGAGCAUUAAAGCCCAGAGGAACACAUCACUACGUCAAAUGAAAGAGCAAUAUUUUUAUAACUCUAUCACCUACUUCCAUCAAAACAGUGCCAUUUUACUCACAAAUGUAGAAUUCUUGAAUUGCUUUUAA